ACAGCGACCAUGGCUAAAGCAGAGUAUGGCUACUAUCGCAGCACAAUCUUCCUGGCCAUGUUUUUUGGUUACACUUUGUAUUAUUUUAACAGAAAGACGUUCUCCUUUGUGAUGCCCUCGCUAAUGCAAGAAAUUAAACUGGACAAGGACGACCUGGGCAUGAUCACCAGCAGUCAGGCUUUGGCCUAUGCUAUCAGUAAGUUCAUCAGCGGCGUGCUUUCGGACCAGAUCAGUGCCCGCUGGCUCUUCUCCAUUGGCUUGUUUAUGGUGGGAGGCAUCAACGUGAUCUUUUCCUGGUCUUCCACUGUGGCUGUAUUCUCUGGUCUCUGGUUUCUCAAUGGCCUUGGCCAGGGCCUGGGCUGGCCUCCCUGUGGCAGGGUGCUGCGUAAGUGGUUUGAGCCCUCUCAGUUUGGGACGUGGUGGGCGAUACUCUCCUGCAGCAUGAAUCUGGCUGGUAGUUUGGGUCCCAUUAUCGCUACAUUGAUGGCCCAGAGCUACAGCUGGAGGACCACCCUGUCCAUCUCAGGGCUGACCUGUUUGGUGGUCUCCUUUGUCUGCCUGCUGCUCAUCAAGAAUGAGCCCAAAGAUGUAGGGCUGCCCAAUAUAGAGGCGUCAGCUAACAAGGGCAAAGCAGGAUCCUCUAGUGAUGAGAGCACGCUGAAAGACUUCCUGCUGUCGCCCUACCUGUGGCUGCUGUCUGUGUCCUACCUGGUGGUGUUUGGAGUGAAGACAGCUCUCACCGACUGGGGCCAGCUCUUCCUCAUCCAGGACAAGGGCCAGUCUCCACUCAUGGGCAGUUCAUACAUGAGUGCCCUGGAGGUCGGUGGUCUUCUGGGCAGUCUGGCAGCAGGAUACUUCUCUGACAAGGCUGUGGCAAAACAAGGCAUCAGAAGCCACGGGAACCCUCGCCAUGUUAUCCUGCUAUGCAUGAUGGCUGGCAUGUGUGUGUCUAUGUACCUCUUCAGAGCCACAAUCACUGCAGACAGCCCCAAGCUAUGGAUACUCACACUGGGUGCUGCUUUUGGUUUCUCUUCCUAUGGACCGAUAGCAUUGUUUGGGGUCAUAGCUAAUGAAAGCGCUCCAUCCAACUAUUGUGGAACAUCACACGCCAUUGUCGCCCUGAUGGCCAACAUUGGUGGCUUCUUGUCUGGGCUACCAUUCAGCACCAUAGCAAAACACCAUGGCUGGGAAAUGGCAUUCUGGGUAGCAGAGCUCACCUGUGCUGUCACUACUGUUGGGUUAUUCCUGCUGCGCAACAUCAGAACCAAGAUGGGUCAGAUUCCCAAGAAGACUGACUGAUAAUUCAUCACACAUUAAACUUUUUUGAUAGGAAAACAGAAUCAUAAUGGUUUAAAUCCUAACUGUAUAUCUCCUGUUAUUCUGUAUUUUUUAUGCCACAAUAUUUUUUUGCAUCAGUCACACAAAAAUGAUACCGAGUGCACUAAUGAGGCUCAAUGUGGUUUUCCUGUUAACCAUUUUCUUAAAGUAUUUCACAGGGUGCUUCUCAUAUUUGCAGAGUAUUUAUUUACCACUGUAUUUGAUCACUCGCCAAGAGAACGAAAAUUAUAGUAUGUUGUAAUGUUUCAGAGAGAGGAAUAAUUUCUCUCACUGCAGGACACAAAGAAGCAUUUUUUUUUUUUAAUUUUGAUUUUGAUAUACUUCAGUGACCCCAGUAGGGAAAUUACGCUCUGCAUUUAACCCAUCCUAGCUGUGUAGCUAGGAGCAGUGGGCAGCCGCCGUGCAACGCCCAGGGACCAACUCCAGUUCUUCUGGCCAUGCCUUGCUCAGGGGCACAGGCAGAAGUAUUAACCCUAACAUGCAUGUCAUUUUGAUGGCGGGGGAAACCCCACCACAGACACGGGGAAACAUGCAAACUCUACACAGAGGACAACCUGGGAUGACCCCCAAGGUUGGACAACCCCAGGGUUUAAACCCAGGACCUUCUUGCUGUGAGGCGACAACGCGAACCACUGCGCCAUCGUGCUGCCCAAUUUGAUGGCAUUAUAUGCACAACUGCUCAGAACUGAAACUUGGAAUUUAAAUUGUCCAGUCCAUGUUACAGUCAAAUAUUGUACAAUAUAUGUAUAUGUACAAUCAAAUGGAAUUCAAUUAACAAUUGCAAGAUGUUACUCCUUUUGAUAAGCAUGGUGCAUGCUCAUCCCAUGUAUUGGUGCAAUCUUCAGCUUAA